CAAAGUUAGUUAACUCCUCAAUUAAUCCUUUUGAAAAGAAUAGCAAAUAUCCUUGAAGAAAAGAAAACAUCCUUUUUUCCUGUUACCACUUCAAUGCAUGUUUUUAAUUAAAUUUCUUUCAGAGCAUGUCUGCUUAGAGCAGGAGCGCAUAACUUGUACAGCAGCCUCUUUGUCAGCUGCGUGUGUAAUUGUCCCACCCAAAUGCUGCCACUUCCCAUCCCACACCACCACACACUCUUCUGGACUGCUUGCUGCUUUCCUUGCAACAGGAAACUGUGGGCUGCUUUCCAACAGACCACAGUAAAGAUGGGCACAUCAAGGCAUGACCGAGAGUUGGCAAACGUUGCAAAAAGAAGCCUGCCCAAAAUCACUAACCCUUUAGAAAGACUUCGCCUGCAGUGUUUAGCAAGGGGAUCUGCUGGCAUCAAAGGACUUGGCAAAGCAUUUAGGAUUAUUGAUGAUAACAAUAGCAGAACUCUUGAUUUCAAUGAGUUUCUGAGAGGACUACGUCAUUAUGCUGUGCUGAUCAAUAAGGAAGAAGCACAAGAGCUUUUCCAGAUAUUUGAUAAAGACGGCAGUGGAAAAAUUGAUUUUGAUGAAUUUCUUGUUACACUGAGACCUCCCAUGUCCAAUGCAAGAAAAGAGAUUGUCAUGCAGGCAUUUCAGAAGUUAGACAAGACUGGAGAUGGUGUCAUAACAAUUGAAGACUUACGCAAGACUUUUAAUGCAAAAUAUCAUCCCAAAUACCUAAAUGGAGACUGGACAGAAGAUCAAGUUUUUAGAGCCUUUCUGGAUAAUUUUGAUUCACCCUAUGACAAAGAUGGGAAAGUCACAACAGAAGAAUUCAUGAACUACUAUGCCGGAGUCAGCGCUUCAGUAGACACAGAUAUCUACUUUAUCAUCAUGAUGAAGAAUGUUUGGAAACUCUAAUUGUAUACUUAAAGAAGCAAGACUUUUCCUUCACCUUUUAUAGGCUCCUCUAAUAAAGCGUACAUACAGCAACACUCCCUUGUUCCAUAACAACAGUUUCCAGUAAUUGUGCCAAUUACUUUCAAUCUGCAGAAUUAAUUCCCAGAUACUUCAGUAGGCUCAGCCUCAGGGAAUCAGAGCAUAAUCAGAGAGCAGAUCUGAUCUGAAAUUUGGCCACCCCACACAUCUGUCUUUUUCCUCUUUCCAUCCCUUUUCUGAGAUGAGCUGUUCUUUUCUUUUCUGACAUCUGCAACAGGUCGCUGUGGCUCCUGAACCUCCCCUUUGCAAUGUUAGAUACAGCUCUGUUUUGAAGAAGAUGCAAGAGAUGGAAACCAAAAUAUUCUGAAGUCUGGUGGUCUUGGACAGGAUGUUUUAAAUGGAAGGCAGUCUCUCCCAGGAAGGUCAUGUAGACCUGUCACUUGUAGCACUGCAGUAUCUCUUGGCUUCGUGGGUCUCAGUAGUGUGAUAGAGCAACUGCUGAUCUUGCUGCUGGGAACAUGUGAGUUCCCAGUACUGGGAGGCUGGAGGGGCAAUCAAAGACGGGGAGACAUGGACCAGGAUAAAUGAAAAAUGCUUUUUAAAGCCCUCUUUUUUAUCCUGGCUCACAACUAAACAUACAGACAACUUUCCUUGUUGUGCUCAUGUAGAAUGUAUUCUGGAGAUUGUUUACCCGAGGUCACCCAUUGCAUCCACGUGUGUGUAUGUGUCAGGACUGUCGGGAGACAGUCACAAAAUUCAGUG